AAAAUCCCAGAGCUGUUACUCGGACACGGGCGGUGCAGUAGCCAUGGCCGGCGGCCGUCCGAUUACCGUCCUCAAUGUAGCAGAGAAGCCAUCGGUGGCGAAAUCUGUGGCCACCAUACUCUCGAGGAACCAGGGCCUUCGAGUUCGUGAAGGUCGUUCUCGCUACAACAAGAUUUUCGAGUUCAACUACGCCAUUCGAGGUCAGUCUUGCAACAUGCUCGUUACCUCCGUUACUGGCCAUCUCAUGGAGCUUGAGUUCGAAGAACGGUAUCGCAAAUGGCAUUCCUGCGACCCAGUCGAGCUCUUUAACGCUCCCGUCCGCAAAUUAGUCCCCGAGGACAAGAUGGACAUAAAGAGGACAUUGGAACAAGAAGCUAGAAGGUGUCAAUGGCUCGUCCUUUGGCUUGAUUGUGAUAGAGAAGGAGAGAAUAUUGCAUUUGAAGUGGUGGAAGUUUGUACAACGGUGAAUCGUCAUCUCAACAUUAAGAGAGCCCACUUCUCUGCUUUGAUUGAAAGGGAUAUUCACGAAGCUGUGCAAAAUCUUGUCCAACCAAAUAAAUAUUUUGCUGAUGCUGUUGAUGCUAGACAAGAAAUUGAUCUAAGAAUCGGUGCUUCUUUCACUAGGUUCCAAACUAUGCUAUUGAAAGAUGCAUUUAAUAUUGAUUCUGUCGGUGAUGACAGAAAUGUUGUUUUGAGUUAUGGACCUUGUCAGUUUCCUACACUUGGUUUUGUUGUUGAGCGGUAUUGGGAGAUUCAGUCCCAUGAGCCAGAAGAAUUUUGGACGAUCAACUGUUCACACAAUUCUGGUGACGGAAUUUCUACAUUUAGUUGGACAAGAGGGAAUCUAUUUGAUUAUACUUGUGCUGUUGUACUCUAUGAAAUGUGCGUAGAAGAAUCGACUGCUACGGUUGUAAAUGUUAGACGACAAGAGACGUUAAAGUACCCUCCUCAUCCAUUGAAUACAAUCGAGCUUGAAAAACGAGCUUCACGGUACUUCCGCAUGAGUUCUGAACACACCAUGAAGGUGGCUGAAGAUCUAUACCAAGCAGGUUUCAUUAGUUAUCCCCGUACAGAGACUGAUUGCUUUUCUCAAAGGACUGAUCUUCAUGGGAUUGUGCAAGAACAACAAGAACACCAAAUAUGGGGAGCAUAUGCACAGAGGUUGCUGGAUCCUGGAUCAGGACUUUGGAGGAAUCCUAGUGGUGGCGGGCAUGAUGACAAAGCCCAUCCACCUAUUCACCCAACAAAGUUCUCUGCUGGGGAACGUGGAUGGAGUCAAGAUCACCAUAGAUUAUAUGAGCUAGUCGUUCGCCAUUUCCUUGCAUGUGUUUCACAGCCAGCUGUAGGUGCUGUAACUACUGUUGAAAUUGAUAUUGCUGGCGAGUUGUUUUCUACAUCUGGGAGAAUGAUACUAGCAAGAAAUUACCUGGAUGUUUACCGCUUUGAAUCAUGGGGAGGUUCAACUAUUCCAACUUACGCUUCUGGGCAACAGUUUGUGCCAACAACAUUAACUCUUGAUUCAGGAGUCACGAGACCACCUCCCCUUCUGAGUGAAGCUGAUUUGCUUUCUUGUAUGGAUAAGGAGGGAAUUGGUACAGAUGCAACAAUGCAUGACCACAUCAAGAAGCUGUUGGAUAGAUUUUAUGCAACGAAGGAUGCAAACACUCGCUUCACACCAACUAACCUUGGCGAGGCUUUGGUUAUGGGAUAUGACGACAUGGGGUAUAAACUGUGGAAACCACACCUAAGAGCUCUCAUGGAGCAUGAGAUGAAAGCAGUUAGUGAGGGCAUCAAGAGAAAAGAUGAAGUGUUGGCUACAUGCUUGCAACAGAUGAAAUCUUGCUUCUUAGAUGCAAGGUUCAAUAAGCAAAAACUUUUUGAAGCUAUGGAGGUUUUCUUUGAGAGAUCUAAUGGUUCUGGCGGGGAUGAAAAUCAUGCAGUUGGAGAAGUUGUUCAGCGGUGUAGACUGUGUCAGGACUCAGAUAUGGUGCUUAAAAGAAACAGGGAUGGAAAUUACAUGGUUGGAUGUUUGGGCUUUCCCCAGUGUAGAAAUGUUGUCUGGCUCCCAGGAUCCAUUGCAGAAGCUGCAGUAACCUCUAAUCGUUGCAACUCAUGCACUCCAGGUCCUGUUUACUUGAUCCAAUUUAAGUUUCGCCAGCUGGAAAUACCUCCAAACUACAAUCCUAACCACUUGGGUUGUAUAGGUGGUUGCGAUGAUAUUCUUAGGCAAUUGACUGAAAUCUGUGGUACCGGAUCCCGCAUAUCAGCUAGAGGUCGAGGGACUUCAUCAUCCAGUGUGCAGCGGGGUAACACUGCGCAAAGUGUCUGCGUUUUCUGCCAACAAUUAGACCAUUCCUCAAAUGAUUGCCCUUCCCAGGUUGUAGGCUCCAGAAGUGCUCGUCAUCGACAAACUGGAGAAUCUUCAUUUUCAUGUAGUAACUGUGGCACACCAUGCGUCUUAAGGACUGCUAAUACUACCAAUAAUAGGGGAAGAAAGUUCUACAAAUGUCAAUCUCAGGAGUGCAAUUUCUUCGCAUGGGAAGACAGCGUAGACAGUGUCAAUGGAGGAAAUAGUGCUGCACAGUCAAAUAUCAGGAGCUCGGCCUCGGCAGCUUCUAAUACAAACCCUGGUCGAAACACGGGACGUGGUCGAGGUUGGGGCCAGGGUCAGGGUCAGGGUCAGAUUGCAGCAACAUUUGUGUCAGCAACUGGUGAGCCAAUAUCUGAUAGAAGAUGUUUUGUUUGUGGCGAUCCAUCACACUUCGCCAAUGUUUGCCCAAACCGUGGUGCUUGAUUCCGAGGAAUAAAGUGUUCUAGUAUGAUUCGAAACUUUGGUUCAGCAUUUGUCACAUGUAUAGUUGAUUUUGAAAUGGGAUUCAGAACAAGUCCCUUUUUA